UGCGCAAAAAUGUCAUUUCGUUAUUUGUCUAAGCACUGAAUGAUUUUUUUCUAAAUUAAUUUUUGGCUUUUUUUAACAUAUUUCCAAAUUUGUUUGUAAGCAUGCGACUUCGUGGUUUCCGUGCUCUCAUCAUGGGUCCCCCCGGCAGUGGCAAGGGCCACAUCUCUGAGAAGAUUGUUAAAAAGUAUGGAGCAGUUCAUAUUGCGGCUGGCGAUAUUCUGCGGAAGCACAUCAAUGAACACACCCCGCUCGGUAAGGAGGCGGAGAAAUAUACACGCAAGGGUUUGCUAGUGCCGGAUGCUCUGCUCCUCGGUGUGAUUGGGACUGCCAUCUAUAAGGCUGGCAAUCGUAAUUGGAUCUUGGACGGUUUUCCGCGCAAUGUUACCCAGGCUAAGCACUUGGAGAAUGUGGCGCAUUUGGACAUGGUCAUCAAUCUGCAAAUACCCGACGAGGCCAUAAUGGAGAUGCUCAAGUUUCGUCUAGUUCAUGUGCCAUCGGGACGUGUCUACAAUAUGGGCGUUAAAGCGCCUUUGGUGCCCGGUUUGGAUGAUGUGACGGGUGAACGGUUAGAGCGUCGGGCGGAUGAUCGUCCCAAGGUGGUGAUGGCUCGCCUUUCGGCGUUCGAUAAGCAAAUGAACCCGGUGAUCGGCUUUUAUAGAAAGCAACACUUGUUGCACACGAUUACGGGGCGACAUCAUCAGAUACUUUGGCCCAUGGUCGAGAGAUAUCUUGUGAAACGUUGGGGAUUGUCGGCCAUAAGAAGUUUUAGGCCAAAAAGAAAUCUCGACUUGCUGACUUGUAAACCUUAAGUUGUUUUUUAGCUUGUGCCGUAAUAAUCUAUUUGUAACGCUCAUUUCAUAAUUCAGAAUUUCAGUUUUGGUUCAUCACAUAAUAAUUAGUUCGCGUAAAUUUCAGUAAAUAAGUAAAUUAAUAUGCAAUAACUCGUA